GGGUGUUGAAAUUAUAUGCGAAUAUCGGUUUCCUGUUUGGAUUGGAUUGCUAGCCAAGAGUUAGUCGGACGAUACAUACGUCAUUGUUCGCUGUCACAGUGCGAAAAUGGCCACAGAAGAAUUUAAUCUUGAAAAACUGGAUAGAUUGUUUUCUAAGUGUAAUGAGGGAGGUGUAAUCAUGAUGGACGCUUAUGUAGAUGCGUAUGAAGAAUUAAGCAAGUUGUUUUCCAUUCUUGGAUCAGUAUUCGGUUUUGUUACGGCAGAUGUAGUGGAGAAAAUUGGCAUUCUUCGAGAGUAUCGCAGAAGUGAAAUAUCCGAGAAGUAUGUGACAAUACAAAGCAUGAUUCAGCACGAAGUAGAAACCAACACUACGAACAACAAGAAGAAGGCAUCCGGAGCAAGGACCCUGCUACGGCUUCACAGAGCUCUGGAAUUUACUGCCAGACUGAUGAAGGAUCUGAAGGUAGCCGACGAACAUGAAAAGAUGUCCCACAUUACGAAAACAGCCUAUGAUGACACGCUGGCUCAUUUUCAUCCCUGGCUUAUACGAAAAGGGGUGCAUGUAGCUGUUUAUACUCUACCUUCAAGAAAACAUUUUCUUGAAAAACUGAAAGUGGAUGACCAUGAAAAAGCUAAAGAUUUACUGGCCAAGGUGUCUGAUCUUCAGAAGGAUAUACACUGUAUCACGGAGGAGUUGUAUGCAAAGGAGAAACUACUAGAUUUACCUUAAUUAGCCGUCUUAAUAUGAAUUGAUACACUUGUCUGUGAUUCACUAUUUUUUCCUUUUACAUGUUUCUGUGACUUGUAUGUACUAGGUAAUUUUUCAGAUGUCAUUUUUGUAUGUAAUCAGAGCUGACACUUUAUUUGCAACAGUGAAGAUGAAAUUUGUUUGUGAAUAUCAUAUUACAUAUACAACAUACACUUGUGUAUAUUUAUCCAUGAUUGUGAGACAAAAGAAAGCUUGUAAACAGAAAAUUUUCUGUAUAAACUAGUAUAUUAUACAAACACCCCCCCCCCCCCCCCCAUAAUUAUCUCCCAAGGUAAAUUUCUGGUUGGUUUUGAUGAAAUUCAUUCCAACCAUUAACCUCAGUAAUGUAGGUAUUUUUUUGUUGUAAUUUUAGAAGAUACAACUUAAAUACUUUGAUUUUAGAAUAUUUCUUUACUUAACCAUUCAUGUAUGCAAUUUUCAAACAAAAAAUUAACUUUGUGAUUAAAUUAUUUUAUCCUCACAAUAGUUGGAACUUGGAAGUAAAAUUUUUGUUGUCGUAAAAGCAAGACAAUAAAUUUAAUUCACAGUAGUGACUUCCUGACAAUAUUUUGCAAAAAGUGAUGUUUUUGAAAGUUGUGACUCCCACCCUUCUUUUAUUUUUUUUUUAAAGAAAAAAAACCUACCCUCUUUAAAACAUUUUUCAAAAUCUAUACUGCAACAUGUACCCACAGAACUGACCUUUAACCUUCAAAGUGGAGCAGGUGUCUGUUGAUCACAUUAUUCAGUGCCUCUUAAUAAUUCAGUAAUAUGAUAAUGAAUUUAACUAUGAAUACCCAAUGUAUGUACUAUGCAUAUGUAAAACAUUUAUAUUUAGAUAAUGAUAUGACAGGAAGUACUUACAUGGAAUCCAGAUAUAUUGUUAGUAAAGAUAACAUAUAAUUUAAGGGGGGGGGGGGGGGGGGGGGGGUAUGCUAUCAAGAGCUGGAGACUUAUUCAAGAGUAUGAGGGGGUAUAAUAUUUCAUAAUUUUAUGCUCAUACAAUGUACUAGAGAUAACAGAUUACAAUGGUUAACUUUACCAUUGGUCGGAAAGCUGGUAAACCAGUUUCAGAAUCAAGUUUGGCCUACUUUGCUGUAUUUGAAUCAGUGUACAUCUAUCAGGGCUUGAAACAAUCUAAUUAAAAUCAGACCUUCUCUAACCGUUAUACUAACGGUUAGAGAAGGUCUGAUUUUAAUUAGAUUGGGCUUGAAACUAACUUUUCAUGUCACCAGUCCAGCCUGACUGAUAAGGUAGAUCUAUAUUUCCAACCAGUCCACAGCAAAAUUUACCAGUCCACCAGAGUUUUCCAGAAAUAAUUAACAUAUUUCGUUAAUGUCAUUAAAAUUAAAUAAUGGAAUUAAACUCAAUAUGCCUCAGACAAUAUUUUAACACUUAUGCGAGAUUUAUGUUUACUAACCGGGUUCAUGUGAUAUCUACAGAGGAAUGCUAAAUGCGUAUUUAAAAUUUGAUAUUAGUAGGUUUUUCAAAAUGACAAAUUAGAAAAUUUACUUUACCCAUAGGACUGACUAAAACAAAUGUCAAUCAGUCCGUUAACCAGUCACAAACUGACGAGCGUAUGUGAAUUUCGAGCCCUGACUAUUAAACACCCAAAAGACUUUUUUUUUUAAAUUGUACCAAUAAAUUUAUAAUUAUUUGAUUUAAUUACUAAUUAGUGACAGUCAACACAAUUUUUUAAAAAAGAAAUCCAUUAAACUGCACAAAGCUCAUUUCCCUGUGUUUUAAUAUAUUGUUAUUGCACUUUUACCAAGAGUGGUAGAUUGUUUUUGGCGAGUUUUUAAAGAAAAAGUUUUCAUUAUUUAUAAACAAUGUAGAUUUUGCAUCAAGUCAUCAUAAAAUGUCAAAUUUAAUGCAUUGAAUUGAUAUACACACCCAACAUUCCUGUUGAUGGUGGGGCCAAUAUUUGAAAUUGACAGAGUUUCUGCGACAGACAAUAUUAAGUGAUUUGAUAUUAAAAAUGAUAUAUAUGUGACAGUAUUGAUUUUAUCAUUCACUUAAAUUGCUGGUUAAUUGGAUGGAACAUUUUGGAAACUAACCGAUUACAUUUUAAUUUGAUUAUCAUCUUGAGCCGAAACUAUACCUAAUAAUUCAAAUAAAGCUUAUUUACUCAACAGUCUGAUUAAAAUGAUAUCCGCUCCAGUAAUAUGUCGUCACACACACAUUACAGGAGCGGAUCAAAAAUCUUAUUUAAUUAGAUUAAUGUACUCAAGAAAAACUAAUUCUUUAUACAAUUUGUUUGGUAUUUUAGAAAUAUUAUGUACAAUGUUACAUGUAGAGAAUUGUUAGAAAGAGAAGAAAAAAAAUUUGUGAUGGGGAAAAAAUUCAAUGAAUAAAAUGGGUAUUUUGGGGUGUUUUAUAUGAGCAAUUGGGUUCAUAUUGUGAUAGUUCCACGACAUUGCAGAGGACUCUGCAACCUGUUUGAAGUUUGCAUUUAUAAUAUACUUGUGUUUCAUUUGCAUGAUUAACUAUGUUGCUGCUCCGAUUUGUGAACUUUAUCUGCUGCUUUACCAUUCAUACACUAUUAUUUUCAGAAGUGAUUAGACACUGUCAUCAUUUUCCUGUGAUGUUGUUUGCACCAAGAUUUACAUUGAUACACUUUUACUUAUUUUUAUUGUUUAUUUUACAGUUUAUAUCACUAAUACGAACACUAAUAAAAUACUCGUGUUUGUACAAAG